AUGAGCCUCGAGCCGAACGUCAUGCAACCCAUAGCGGGCAUUAUUACCCAUCCCUUCCCCCCGCCACGCCUCGUUGCUUUCUUCUCUUCUGUUUAUUUCUCCUCCACCAAGGUCUUACCUGUGGAUAUCUUCAUCUACCAUCACGACGCUGUUGCGUGUGUGUCCCACUCUUUCUUCUUUCUCUUCUCGCAGCUAAACAUAAGAGAUUGGUUUCAUUCUUCGACGACAUGCUUGAUCUUCCAACCCGAAACGAAACGACUCUUCGAUUCUUACAGCAGCAAGUUCUGCUCCACACUUUUCCUCGACUUGUUUUGGUACACUGAACAGCCGGAAAGGACAGAACCCUCCGGGCCCUAUACCCCUACCACCGACGCCAUGGAUCGUCAUGAAUACGGUGUCACAAAAAACAGAAAGGCAACUUCGACUGGUGGCGGGAGAGCAUGGAGUGAGGAGGAGGAGCUCUACCUUCUUCAGACACGUCUCCAGAAAAUGCCCUACAAGCACAUUGCCGCCCACUUGAAGAAGACUGAGCUCGCGUGCCGCCUUCAUUAUCACCAGCUCAGCCAUGGCAGCAACCGCCGCAAGCGUACCACGUCCACGUCAUCGGGAUCCUCGAACAGCGGACACUCCCCUCCGCUUCACGGCUCGAUUCCCUCGCCCAUCCGGGAGCAGGACGAUUCGCUCAGCCGAUCUGCAUCUCCUCCCGGCUCCGCACGAUCUUAUGGUUCGAUCAGCCCAACUGGCAUUCAGCUCCCCAGCAUCAUGACGGCUACCGCUUCCGCCAGCGCAUCGCCCCGUCUGCCCACCAUCCUUCCCAAACCGGCCUCGAUGAAGCUCGCCCUCGCGUCUAUUGGCGGUUCGGCCUCGGCGGGCACUUCCUCUCCAACGGCGUCUCGUGGGUAUCCCACCCCGUUGCACGAAGUCCACCCACACAGCGCCCCCUUGACAGCCCCUUCUGGCUACCGUGGGUCCAUGACACCAACCAACGGUUCGGCGCCUUAUCCCUCCUACACGUCAAACAGUGGCCCUGCCCCCCAUGGUCCAGGACGUCUGCGCCUGGACUGCUCUGCGCUCCCGCCUCCUCCUUCGUCGGCCGGUCUUUCUGCCACCCCUUAUUCUGCCAGCCACCCGGUGGAUAUGGGAAAGCUCAACGCCAUCUACAAUGCGCACCGUGCCUCUUUCUGGGCCAGCAUCGCGGCUGAGUACGGACCCGGUGCCAACCCCGUGGUCUUGGAGCAGGCAUGGCGUGGAAACAGCCCUACCUCCAGCUCCAGCUCCAACUCCAGCUCCAGCUUGAGCCUGGGCAUUGCUGCCCACACGCCCAUUACGCCGAUCGGUAGCCCUGACGAUCACUUUUACAACGGGCAAAGCAAGCCUGACAAGACCAGAAUUAGCGCCAUCCUUGGCAUUGAUGCCAACCCGAGGAGUCCCAGGGAGAGAGAGAUGGUGAGAAGAUUGGAAGAAGAGAGGUGCUCGUUAGGAGUGGUCGGCGCUUGA